UCUCACUAUCUCUUGUAUAUACUUGACGGAACGUUCUCUUUCGAGCGACGCGAACUAACGUCCACCCUACCUGGCGCGCAAACGCGACGAGUGUCGGAUUGUUCUCCCCAAACGCACACAGGGUCGCUCGACUCUAAAGGGGCUGCUAACUGUGCCCGGCAUCCCAUUGUACAGCGAAACAUCGUCGAACACGGACGCACACUGCCGCUAUAAGCAAAGGAAAUCCGCAAGUCGCGCAACUUCGAAUCGCAAUAAACCGCGCCUAUGAACGACCGCGCUGUGGCGUGAAGCGUUACGCUAGAUAAUAACAAUAUUGUGGAAAAUUAAACGGCUAAAAGCAAGAAAACGUGUACCAUUUCCUGCACCAAAAAGGGGGGGAAAAAUUCGACAUUAACCGAAAAUACGUGCCACCCAAAUCACACAUCCGAGAGAACCAAGGCGCAACGACACCGCGGGGAACAAACCGUUGGUAGAGGAAAAGAAAGUUUAGCCGGCCGUGACAGGUUGCAAGUGAGCACGAGAAAGGCCACGAUCAUUUGUGCGAUAUAUCCGUUUUUAGCGUCGCGAGUGUAGCCGGUCUGUGGUGAGAAGAUUUGAACACUCGAUCGGUAGCAUCGUGUUGCAGGAUACGGUUAUUUUGACCGUGAGUCUACACGGUGACAGUUGAUCUUUUGACGGACGACGGCAAAGAUCGCACACGGAUAUAAGCGAGAACCAUGGAUAAUUACAAGAAGAAAACUCCCGGCCGGGUGCAGCAUCUGGAGUAUACCCAAAUACGUCCGCAGCUCACCGGAGGCAGCAAGUCCGAGCUUACUGGAUACAUUUUCGGUCGCAUGAAGUCCGAGCUGAACGAUGUACCGGCACAGACGGCCGCCGGCUCCACCUUACCCUUGGUGGACUUGAUGAAGGAUGACGAAGAGGCGGGAACGUACAAUCCGUUCGAAAACCGAAAGGUGACGCACCCGACAACGGACAUGGAAACACUGGUUCAUCUGCUGAAGGGUUCGCUUGGUUCCGGUAUUCUUGCGAUGCCUUUAGCAUUCGUGAACGCGGGACUUUGGUUCGGAUUGGUCGCCACGGUUGCAAUUGGUACGAUUUGUACCUACUGCAUCCACAUCCUCGUGCGCUGUUCACACAUCUUGUGCCGGCGUGCGCAGCUACCGUCGCUGGGAUUUGCCGAUGUGGCAGAAGUUGCUUUCCUAGCCGGUCCGGAGCAGCUGAAGAAAUAUUCUCGACUUGCCCGGUUCAUCAUCAACCUGUUCCUGGUGAUAGAUCUGAUCGGUUGCUGCUGUAUUUACAUCGUGUUUGUGGCCACCAAUCUGAAGCAGGUCGUGGACCACUACACUCAUUCCUACUGGGAUGUGCGCAUUUACAUCCUGAUGUUAUUGGCUCCGCUAAUCUUGCUUAACCUGAUCCGUAAGCUGAAGUACUUGACGCCAUUCUCGCUGAUCGCUAACGUACUGAUUGGAGCCGGUGUUGGGAUCACGCUGUAUUACAUCGUCACUGAUUUGCCAGCCUUGUCGGAACGUAAAGCUGUCGCCGAAGUUCAACAUUUGCCAAUGUUCUUCGGUACUGUCAUCUUCGCGCUGGAAGGCAUCGGUGUAGUUAUGUCGCUGGAAAACAACAUGAAGAACCCACAGAACUUUAUUGGAUGUCCAGGCGUGCUGAAUACGGGAAUGUCUGUGGUGGUAUUGCUGUACGCUACUGUCGGCUUUUUGGGCUAUCUGAAGUAUGGAGAUGAGACCAAAGGCAGCAUCACAUUGAACCUUCCAGUAGAGGAUGUGUUGGCCCAAAUGGUGAAGCUCAUGAUUGCGGUUGCCAUCUUCCUGACCUAUGCGCUCCAGUUCUACGUGCCCAUGGAAAUCAUCUGGAAAAACAUCAAAGGAAACUUCAACGAGCAUCAGAACGCCGCUGAGUAUGCACUACGCAUUGGGCUAGUGGUUCUCACAGUUAUCAUUGCCGCAGCACUGCCCAAUUUGGGACCUUUCAUCACACUCAUUGGAGCCGUAUGUCUAAGUACCCUCGGUUUAAUGUUUCCCGCUGUCAUUGAGCUGGUUACAUUCUACGAAAAGCCUGGCUACGGACGAUUCAACUGGGUCCUUUGGAAGAAUGUGUUUCUCAUCCUGUUUGGUGUGGUCGGUUUCGUUACCGGCACUUACGUCAGUAUUGUGGAGUUUUCGGAGCAUCUCGAAGAAGUGUAAGGCUGCCGACAUCCGUCAACACCUUUCGUCCCACUCGAACUCCUCAGGCGUGGCGGGAUACCGUGCAUCACAGCGCGACACAUGCCGUGUGUUCUGGAUUCUGCCAUUAAGCUGCAUACUUGUUGUAGGGUAGAUCUGCAAAACGCGGCAAGCGUAGAUGCGGACGUCUUGAGCCCGAGUUUCCGCACCGGAAAUGCAUCUGAUCAUCAGCGUAUUGUUUCGAUUCGAUCAAUGCACUAGGAGCAACGGAUAUGUUGCAGCAGGUUGCAUCAAACA